AUGGUUGACCAAUCCGGAUUCUCUGCUUGGAAGCUACCUUCUCGGAUUGAGCAAUCCUCAAUAUUGGAUCUUACAUAUCUCAAAGGUCGCGUCUCAUGGAUUCGUGAUGAGCUGGAUCCUCUUGUCGCUCGGAAUGGUCCGGAUACCCUACGGCCGGAUACUGUUAUUGUCCUGUUUAAAUUCUUCGAGCAAUUGCGGACAUCCUUGCCGACUCUUGAGAGUGUUCGCGAAUCUCGCAUACACCUGGCUCUUAUCGACAUCGCUAGACGCGCUACCAGAUGGCCAGUCAGACUUAUUGAGGAAGCCGAAGAGAUUAUCCACAAGUGGGAAUCAGAAUGGGGUCCACUUUCACAUAUCAAGGUCAAUCUUUACGACACAGGCGGCAGGUUACAUGGCAUCAGCACGCCCGAGGAUGUUCAGCGAGAAGUAUUGCUUGUUAAAUGGUCACGAAAGGAGACUUCAUGGGUCAAUCCGAAUUUCGCAAGGCGGAACGGAGACCUCGGAUUCAAGCCUGGAGACUGGUGGAUCAACCCCAUAUUCGCGUUUCAUGAUGGUAUCAUCGCCAGCACUACAUCCGAUAGCUGCGUCACUACCUGCUUCCAACAGGCCUACGCCUUACUAUUAGCAGAUGGCGAUGAGCUUGACUGUAAAGAUCCAGCACACUUCACGUACCGCUCAACGCCUGGAGAUGCUAGACGAUAUCGCCUUUGCGCAGGUACGCUUGCUUCCAGACAACCCGUUCGUGUCCUCCGGAGUCAUACCCUCCGCAGCUUCUGGGCUCCACGCGCUGGCAUCAGGUACGAUGGUCUGUACAAGGUUUCUGGAUGGCGAAUCGUCCAAGACCCGACAACGAAAGCCAUUAACUAUCACAUUUCGUUUGACCGUUUGACUUCAGAGCCACCGAUUGAUCCGGUGCUGCAACACCCAACUGCGGGCGAGUUGGAUGACUACGCCGAGUACAAGCGUAUUCGAAAAGAAGUUCGUCUGAAUCGUAACCUUCUCCGACAUGGACUGCGAUUUGGUGUGCCAAGUUCUGCACCUCAACCAGCCCAGGACCGUAUGUCCCUGACCAAAAAAGCGGAGAGCGCCGACACUAUUAAAUCCAUCAAGAAGCCCAUUGCCCAACGGAGGGGAAGCUCGUUACACAUCCAAACUUCGGCAUCCGAAACUCCAUCCAAACAAGACACGCCUUCCAAGGCGGAAGAGAAUCCAUUCUUCGCUAGUAGACCCAGCACGAACUCUGAUGACAAUCCUUUCUUUUCUGGAGGCCUGGAUGCACAAACCGGUCUUGGCAAUGUCAAUACUUUGCGACCUGAUAUGAUCAAUUACGCACCUGUAUUACAUGCCGCUUCCGCUGCAGGUGCGGCCAUCGACCCAUUCUUUGCACGUGCUUUGGAAGAGCAAGCAGCCAAAAGGGUAGCUGCUUUUAGGUUAAGCAGUGGAUCGCUGCCAUCACUUGCGUCCGCAAAAUCUAGGAACGUUGGUCUCAGUGGAAGGAAACCAGUGAUAGGAUUCAUUGGCGUGAUUCACGAGUCUGACGAACACAAGACUCCUCCGGACACAAGGCGGGAUUCUCAAAGCCCAGUCUCACAAGAGCGUAGUGCGGCUUGA